AAUUUAAUAAACCUUUGGGGGCAUAGCAGGCAGAUUGUAAAGUUAUCAGUCACUGAAAUACACUUCAACUAUACGUGCAAAAUAAAAAAAAAACAGGAAGAAUACAACAGCACCAUUAAUAUAUACAAAACAUUAAUCAUGACAGAUCCCGAGAUCGUAUUUAUGGAUCAGCUCCUGCACCACCGUGCGGUGUCCAGUCAGAUCGAGAAUACCCUAUUUAACUAUGAUAGGCGGAGCUCUUGGUUUCCACGUUCCCAGUGGGAACAGUACUCCCGAAUCUCCGAGAUAUAUGCCGACUGCUUCGAUAAAUACGGAGCGGAAAUAUUCGGGCUCUACGCGAAAAGGAAUCGCCUUCACGAGAAAUACAUUCAGAGAACUAUGGCUGAUAUUCAGAAGGAAAAUCGACAGGUGGAAAUUUCCAUGGACCAUUUGGCGGCCUACAAGUUUCCAAGGACGACCAACGGGGUAUAUGGAAGUAUUCGCCCAUCUAAAUUAUUCUUAUGUAUGGAGGAACCUAAUUGAUUUUUUAAAUGUCUUCGUAUUAUAUAUAUUCAAAUAAAUAUUCACAGGGAAUGCAAAUGCAAA